AUGAUCGCCCAGUAUGUGGGGAAGCAGCACCGAAACUGGGAUGAACGGAUAGUCGCGCUACAAUUCGCGAUCAACACCGCGAGACACGAGGCCACCGGAUACACCCCGGCGUACAUCAUACACGGGCGCGAAUUGGCACGACCCCACCCGGAGGACCGGAGACCGCCGGCCCCUGCUCCAAGUCCGGACGUCAACCGGAAACGGCUCGAAGAGGCCUUCGAGGUGGUCCGUAUCCACCUGGCUCGCGCGUUCCAACGACAGGAACGCCAUUAUAAUCUGCGGCGGCGCGACUGGCGCCCGCAGAUAGGCGAGCAGGUCUGGAAGAGAGAUCGGCCCCUCUCCAGUAAGAGCGGCGCAUUCAACGCUAAGCUAGCGCCCAGAUACAUCGGACCCCUGGAAGUCCGAAAGAUCGUGUCACCGGUCGUGGUGGACCUCCGCGACGCCCGAGGGAAAUGGCACCGGCACAUUCAUGUGCAAGACCUAAAGCCGGCCCCGGACACCGACGACGAGCACCCUGAGCCGGAGGACUGA